GUGCGAAAUCCUCGGGAUCCAUAUACCCUAUUUUUAUGUAAAGGAAUAAUUAUCGUUACAACACCCAUUUCAAUAUCUGUCCUAAUUUUUGUCCCUCUCUCUCCUAACUUCCUUUCUCACACAUUACUCUACUAUUAAUACACCUAACCUCCAACCCUCCAAAUACAAUUACAACUUACAAUCAAUAUAUAUAUUUUCUUUAGAGAGAGAGAGAUAUAUAGAGAGAUGUGCAAUAUUAAUGUUGUGGUGCAGGGUUGUUUAAUUCAUCAUGUUAUUGUGUUAAUAAUUGCUGUUGGGUUGGCGGCGGCGGCGGCAACCACCGUACCGGAGCAGCAAGAAGCGGACAGAGUGUGGCGGCUGCCGGGGCAACCACCAGUGGGUUUCAAGCAGUAUGCAGGUUAUGUAAAUGUUAACAUAACUCAUGGCAGAGCACUGUUUUAUUGGUUCUUUGAGGCCACCACUCAUUCUCACACCAAACCUCUCCUCUUGUGGCUUAAUGGAGGUCCUGGAUGUUCAUCGAUAGGGUUCGGGCAAUCAGAGGAGUUAGGACCUUUCUUUCCUCAAAAGGGAAAUAAACCACAACUUAAGUUUAAUACUAACACUUGGAACAAAGCGGCGAACUUACUAUUUUUGGAAUCCCCUGUUGGUGUUGGAUUUUCAUACACAAACACAACUAGUGAUAUUAAACAGCUUGGUGAUACUAUCACAGCUCUGGAUUCAUAUAACUUCUUGGUGGGCUGGUUCCGAAGGUUUCCACAAUUUAAAUCCCAUGACUUUUUCAUUGCCGGUGAAAGUUAUGCUGGGCACUAUGUGCCUCAGCUUGCAGAACUUGUCAUAGACAAAAACAAGAAUGCACUUGAAGAUGACUAUAUUAACCUCAAGGGCAUUAUGAUAGGAAAUGCAGUUUUGGACGACGAGACGGACCAAAAAGGGUUGAUAGACUAUGCAUGGGACCAUGCAGUUAUAUCGGAUGCAUUAUACAGGGAAAUACAGAAAAAAUGCAAUUUCAGCAUUGCUAACUUAACCACAGAUUGCAACGCUGCCCUCGACAAAUAUUUUGAUGUUUAUGAUAUUAUAGAUAUGUAUAGUUUAUAUGCUCCGACGUGUAUCGAUACAAAUUCCACCACCACUGCGAGACCCUUUUCACGCGUGCCAAGACUUAUAAUAUCCAAUACUGAUGGAAGGCGUAUUAGAAGGCAAUUAUCGGGAUACGAUCCUUGCGCGUCAGAAUAUACUGAGUUGUAUAUGAAUAGGCCUGAUGUUCAACAAGCUCUUCAUGCUAAUGUCACCAAAAUUCCUUAUCCAUGGACACAUUGCAGUGAUAAUAUUACAUUCUGGAAUGACGCGCCUAUUUCCAUACUCCCGAUAAUUAGCAAACUUAUAGCUGAGAAUCAACGAGUUUGGGUUUUCAGUGGAGAUACAGAUGGUAGAGUUCCAGUGACAGCAACAAGAUACUCUCUAAGGAAGUUGGGAUUACAUAUAAAACAGGAUUGGAGUCCUUGGUAUACAUACAAGAAGCAGGUUGGGGGAUGGACGGUUGAGUAUGAAGGAUUGACGUUCGUGACAGUGAGAGGAGCAGGACACCAGGUCCCAACAUUUAAGCCGAAGCAAGCACUUCAACUAGUUAAUCAUUUUCUCAAAGACCAAAAACUCCCCUCUCAACCCUUUUAAUUUAUCCAUCAUUCAUUCAUUUCCAAUAAUAAAUUCCAUCACAACAAUAUUUGAAUAUUUGUUUAUGUCAAUGUAUUAGUCUCUAAAAUGUGGAUCCAUGAUUCUUUAUACAUGUAUACUUGUUUUGUUUUUUUU